GUGAACAAGUCAACUGCACAGUCAACGCUCCUGGCCGACGUCCGCCUCGUAGAAAUCAAUACUGCCUACCAUCUCGGCGCAGACGGUAUUGUGUUCCAAGGCGUAUCGUCCACAUCUGUUCAAUAUAAAUAUAUAAUAUACAAUUAUUACAUCCGGAUUUAUGUGUAUAAUAUAUAACAUAUUAAUACACUAUUAAUCGAAAACGAAGGACGUAUUUUUUUGCUUGUCUGUUUGUUUUGUUACCACAAGGGUGUAAGUCAUGUUUGAACAUUAAUCCAAUACUCAAUGUGAACCGGCUUUGUGGCUUUUUACAAUACGCGAUUUUCUCAAAACAGAAAAAUAUGUGUGUUUGAAUAAGUACUGAAACAAUAUUGGACACGCUCGCAAUGUCUGCCAAACAAACGCCUUCCAUUAUCGGCAAAAUCUUCCGGGCCUACGAAAAGCAAUCUGGUAAUAGUUCCUGUAUCGUGCUGGAAAAUCGCUAUCAAGACGACGUGUUGCUGUUCGAGAACAACACACUGUGCGUGGCGUCUGGUGUCGAAUUCGAAUCGAUCAAACGACAGUGUGUGAAAAUAGUCGACGCUUACGGAUGCUUGGGCGUUUUAAAUGUAAAUAUUGAGAAUAAACUAGCUCUAUACUUGGUACUAGUGACCGGCUGCCAGUCGGUUGGCAAAAUAUCAGAUGCGGAAAUUUUCAAAAUUACCCAAACUACAUUUGUGUCGUUGCACAAACAACAAAAUGAAGAUUCUGCAUCUGAGGUUCGGAAACUUUUAAACAGUGGAAGUUUUUAUUUUUCAAGGUUCGUGUCGCAGGAAUUGCGUUUUGACCUAACACUUUGUGCUCAGAGGCAAUGGAACAGUUGUAAUCCAGAUCAACGUUUCUUUUGGAAUCGUAAUUUGCAUAUAUAUUUCAUUAGAUUUGGUAUCGAUACUGCUCAAUGGCUGAUGAAAAUCGUUUGUGGUAGUAUCGAGGUAAAAACCGUUUACGCUCGUCACAAACAAGCAAGAAUCGCCAUUAUAUCAAGGUUGAGCUGUAGACGUGCCGGUACCAGGUUUAAUGUCCGUGGUUGCAACGAUGACGGUUAUGUUGCAAAUUUUGUCGAAACCGAACAAGUGGUUUACUUGGACGAUGAAGUGACUUCAUUCGUACAAAUCAGAGGGAGUGUACCAUUAUUCUGGGAACAGCCCGGUGUCAAUGUAGGGGCUCACAAAGUGAAAUUAUCAAGAAGCAUAGAAGCUUCUGCCGAAGUUUACGAAAAACAUGUUAAAUCGCUCAAAGAAUGUUAUGGUAAUACAAUUUUCAUUAAUUUAUUGGGUGCAGCCAAUGUGAACAGCAAAGAAAACGAAUCGUCUUUAAGUUACGCAUUUGAACAAAAACAUUCUACUUCGACAUUUUCCUUUAUACCGUUUGUUGCAUUCGAUUAUCAUCAAGAGUUCAAAAGCGGUGGUGAAAAAAGUCUACAAAAGCUAAAAAACACGGUAGGACCUUAUUUAGAUUCUUUUGGUGUAUUUUAUGCUAAAGGAAAUUCUGUAGUAAAACAUCAAACUGGAUCAAUGAGAAUUAAUUGUACCGACUGUCUGGAUCGUACUAAUUGUAUUCAAAAAUUUUUCGCACUCGAAGUAUUAGUAAAACAGUUGAAUCUUCUUUGUCCGAAUGAAACCGAUCAAAUAGUGUCCAGAUUUGAAGAAGUUUUUCAGCAACUUUGGGUAAAUAAUGGCAAUGAAAUUAGUAGGAUUUACGCAGGCACCGGUGCCAUUCAAGGUGGUUCCAAGUUGCUGGACGGAGCUCGUUCGGCUGCUAGAACGAUUCAAAACAAUUUAUUAGACUCCAGCAAACAAGAAGGAUUUGACAUCUUACUGUAUGGAAACGCAAUGAGCCACGAUCUGUCGUUGAAGGCUAAAACUCUUUUACCGUAUAACGUUUGGCAGUGUCAUCCAGAUCUAGUUGAAGUACUGUGUAAAAAGUAUAAAUCAUACACGUACAAAAGCAAACUACGAGUUGCCGUUGCCACUUACAACGUCAAUGGAGGCAAACAUUUUUUAAACUUUGAUUCUAACAAUUUAGAAUCUUUAUCAAAAUGGCUUUUAGGACCGUUUAACGCUCCUUUAUUCGAUUCAUCGAAUGAGUUCUUUUUGAACGAGGACAACAAUCUUCCUGAUAUUUAUGCAAUCGGAUUUGAAGAAAUAGUAGAUUUGAAUGCAAGCAAUAUAAUGGCUGCCAGUUCAGAUAAUGCCGAUUCGUGGAACAAAAGUCUAAAUAAAGUUCUAUCUUCUAAAAGGGAGUAUGUGUUGUUGACUAGUACUCAACUUGUCGGAGUGUGUUUAUUUAUAUUCAUAAAACCAGAACUUUUGCCUUACGUACGUGACGUGACAACGGAUUCUGUAAAAACUGGAAUGGGAGGCGCCACCGGUAAUAAAGGCGCCGUUAUGGUACGAUUUACAUUAAAUGCAACAAGUCUUUGCUUUAUAUGUUCUCACUUUGCAGCUGGUCAGUCUCAAGUCACCGAUCGCAAUGCUGACUUCAAUGAAAUAACCAGAAAACUGAAAGUACCAAUUCAAUCCAACGACUACGUGUAUUGGUGUGGUGAUUUUAAUUAUCGUGUGGACAUGGACCGAUUAGAUCUUAUAAACCAUGUCUUUGAUGGCGAAUUGGAUGAAAUAUUGAAAUAUGAUCAACUUUUGGCUCAGUAUAAAGAUAAAAAAGUAUUUGAAGGUUUCUUAGAAGCACCAAUCACUUUCCCUCCUACUUACAAAUACGAUAUCUUAUCUGACGAUUACGACUCGAGUGAUAAGUGCCGUACACCCGCUUGGACUGAUCGAGUUUUGUGGUUCACCAAUGAAAAUAACGAGUGGCCAGACGGCAAACAAGUAUUCUACGGACGUGCAGAAAUUAAAGAAAGUGACCACAGACCCGUUAUGGCUUGCUACGCAAUCGAUAUAUUGUGUGUGGAUCAGAAUCAACGCGAACAAAUACUCAAUACGGUGUGGAAUGAAUACGGUCCGGUUGACGGUGUAAUUUAUGUGCACAUUGCAAAUACCGAUUUCCCUAAAGACGACGAGAAUUUCAAAAAUAUAAUGCUCCAGGGCUUAGGCUCUUUUGGUAAAAUACUCAACGUUAAAUAUUUUAUAGACCGAGCGGAAAUAACUUAUGAAAAUGGCCGCUUUGCUUCCAACGCAUUAAAAAUCAAACAGAUUUCCAUCAACAAUUAUACAUUGAUUUUGACGUCGAAAGAGACUAAUUGGAUAACAAAAAUAAAGAAUGAAAUUGAAACUGUCACUAAUCGCAACAUUCCCUUGUGGACGGACAAGUUAAGAGCGGCUCCAGUGCGUCCACCGUUACCAGCGAGAUCCGAUCAAGUGGCUGACGGAAUGCCCAACUAUCCGCCGCCUUCGAAUCCUUCGAAUACUCCUUUACCCCCUUUACCUCCUAGACAGAGGUUGCCCCCUCCACUCCCUCCAAGAAACACUUAAUACAAUUAUUUUAAUUAAAAAAAUAAUUAUCAAAAUAAUAUUUUUUGUUUUUGUUUUACAUAUAAAUAGAGUUAUAUGUAUUUGUUUAUUAUUUAUUGGUCCAAUAUUGUUAAGUACCAAUUGUAUUCAUUGAUUUUUAAAACUUUCCAUUUAAGUAGUUACUUUUCAAUUUUGAUCUGUUGUUAUUAUAGUUGAAAUAUGUAACGUAUCAAUUUUUGUUUUUAAUGAAGCUGUUGAUUUAUGGUUAAUCUUUAUUUUGAACAAAUAAAUGCAAUGUAAUACUUAAGAGACAUCUUUACAAUUUGUUAACUACGAUAGGUGUAUUUUUAUAUUUUUUUAUUAUUUUGCAUUUGGAUUUAUAGUUCCUGAAUUUUUGUUUGCAUGUUAUUAUUUUUUGUUAUUUUGUGUUAAUAUAUUAUUAUUGUUUAUUAUAAUUAUUUCUUUUCUUUUUAUUUUUACCGAGCUGGUACACAUUACUUU